CUCUAUUUUGAUCUCUUCCUCUCCCUGAUCAGUUCAUGCUCUCCAAAUACUUACCACAAGAGAUGAGUCCUGCAAGCCCUGAGAAAGAAAGGCUAUUCACUCGCUGGUGGUGCUUGCUCAAGGCCCUCCCUGAGAGGUUGGCAGCCAGGGCGUUUGAGAUUGCUGUCAACACAAAAAAGAUUGCGCAAGACGAUCCCAGAAGACUCACUCACUCGGCAAAAGUUGGAGUUGCACUCACCUUGGUUUCUUUAGUCUACUACUAUCAACCAAUAUAUGUCAAUUUUGGUGUGUCAGCAAUGUGGGCAGUGGUGACUGUGGUUGUGGUUUUUGAAUUCUCUGUAGGAGCCACUCUUGGAAAAGGUUUGAACAGGGGAUUGGCAACAUUGCUAGCUGGUGCCUUGGGUGUUGGAGCUCACCAUCUAGCUAGCCUAUCUGGACAGAUUGGUGAACCCAUUCUACUUGGGUUCUUUGUCUUCCUACAAGCUUCUUCAUCAACAUUUGUACGGUUCUUCCCAAAAAUCAAGGCAAGAUAUGAUUAUGGGCUGCUGAUAUUUAUAUUGACAUUCUCGUUGAUAUCUGUCUCUGGUUUUCGCGAUGAUGAGAUAUUAGAGCUGGCACACAAGAGGCUAUCAACCAUUGCCAUAGGUGCCUCAGCCUGUGUGAUCAUAUCCAUUUUGAUUUGUCCUGUGUGGGCUGGUGAAGAUCUACACAUUCUGAUCGCUCUCAACAUGGAAAAGCUGGCCAACUUCUUACAAGGAUUUGGAGGUGAAUACUUCAAAACAUCAGUGGAUGGAGAGGCUAACGAUGACAAGUCGUUUCUGCAAGAAUACAAAAAUGUUCUCAAUUCAAGAAGUACUGAAGAAUCCUUGGCUAAUUUUGCAAGCUGGGAGCCUUGUCAUGGCCGGUUCCCGUUCCGCCAUCCUUGGAAACAAUACCUUGAAAUUGGAAAUCUAACCCGCGACUGCGCCUACCGAAUAGAGGCGCUUAGUGGCUACCUCAACUCUGAUAUCCAAUUGCAGGCGCCGCCAGAAAUUCGCAGUAAAAUCCAGGAGGCAUGCACGAAAAUGAGCUUGGAAUCCGGCAAGGCUCUAAAAGAACUAUCAUCGGCAGUAAGAACAAUGAGGCAACCGACUUCCGCCGACCGCCACGUUUCAAAUUCGAAAACCGCCGCCAAGAAUCUUGAAUCGUUGCUGAGAUCAGGCUUAUUGGAAGAUGCUGAUCUCUUGGCAGUGAUUCCGGCUGCCACGGUGGCUUCACUGCUAUUUGACGUUGUCAACUGCACCGAGAAAAUCACGGAUGCUGUUCAUGAGCUCGCCUCCGUAGCAAAUUUUGAGUGUGUGAAGCCUAGUAGUACUGUCUCGCCGGAACAAUCAAGCUUAGAAGAAAGUGAACUUGUUAAACCGGUCUCCGAGAUUGAAUGCCCUGAUCAUGUUGUUAUAGGAGUUGGUGGACUAACUUCAGGUUCACCGGAAAAUGACACUCGUCGGCCGGAACCAUUAACUAAUAAACACGCGGAGAUGUAA